GAAAGAAGAGAGAGAGAGAGAGAAAAAAAGUCGAUGCGCCGCCGUGCAUUUCCAGCCUCGGAUAAAGCCCAGCGCUUGAGGAGGGAAUGAAUGAAAAGAGUGCGAGGAAAGGAAUGAGACAGAGACAGAGAAGUAGCAGCUGCCUUGAUUUAAUUCUCUCUUUAGAUAUAUAAAUGAAAGGAGAGAAAGCAGGGAAAGGACAGGAAGGGACAGUCGCAGCGGCUUUGAUUUAAUUGUUGUUACGAAGAGGAAGAAGACGUCUGCCCUGGCAACGUUCUCCAGCUCGCUCCGUGAGAAAGAAAGAGCGCCAAUAUCCUCCGAGCGCCUUCAGCAAGGCUUUGCUCUCUCUCUCUCUGCUUGGACAGCGUCGUCCUCUUCCGAAGGCGAGCCCAGCUCUUAAGGUCCGGAGGGAAGCGCCAGACUUGAGGGGAAAGAAAGAAAGAAAGAAAGGGAAAAAAAACCCCGACCGGUGCUGUCUCGCCUUCUUCUUCUUCUCCGCCAUGACCUCCGUCUUGGGGAGCAGCCGAGGGGUUGGGGGUCCCAGCGGGCAACCGAAAGGCAAGCCCAAGAGGAGGAGGAGGAGACGCUCCAAGAGGAAAGCGGAGAAUUCAGGGUGGGUGCACACCCUGCUCCCCCGGAUUUCCCAGCGGUUACAGGGGCGUUGUAACACCCAGUUUGCCACAUGGUUGGAGGCAACAGACAACCGGCUCUCCAUGCAGUUUGAGCCACCACGUGAAAAAGUAAGCAUUUUGUCGACCUUCAUAGCACCCUUCAAGUAUUUAAGUCCCGGGGCAGCAAAUAUGGAAGAUGAAGACAAUUUAAGUACCAGCAGUGCAGAAGUGAAGGAGAACCGGAAUAUAGGCAAUUUAGAAGACCAUCCCAUUACCUCCAAUGAAAGGUCAAGGGUAGGAGCAUCCAGGAUCAAAAGGAAGCGGCCUCUGGAGGAAGGCAACAGUGGCCAUUUCUGCAAACUCCAACUCAUCUGGAAGAAAGUCUCGUGGUCAGUAACGCCAAAGAAUGCUCUGGUCCAGCUUCAUGAACUUAAACCAGGCUUACAAUACAAAAUGGUUUCCCAAACAGGCCCAGUCCAUGCUCCAGUGUUUGCAGUCGCUGUGGAAGUAAAUGGACUUACAUUUGAAGGCACUGGACCAACAAAAAAGAAGGCCAAAAUGAGAGCGGCAGAACUGGCCCUCAAGUCUUUCAUUCAGUUCCCUAAUGCAUGCCAAGCUCACUUUGCCAUGGGGAAUUGUUUCAACCCUUCCACAGACUUUACAUCAGAUCAGGCAGACUUUCCAGACACUCUGUUCAAGGAGUUUGAACCGUCUACGCACAGUAAAGACUUCUCAGUCUACAACCCAGUUAAUAAUGAACUGCUUUCUACGGCUUAUCGGCACGGAAGGCUAUUCUGCCACACGUUGGACUUAUCGGGCCACACUAAGCAAAACAAGCGCACCGCUGAGAGUGAAAAGAACCCAGUGGUGUUACUCAAUGAGUUGCGUUCAGGACUGAGGUACGUCUGCCUUUCGGAGACUGUGGAGAAGCAGCACAUCAAGAGUUUUGUGAUGGCUGUGAGAGUGGAUGGGAGAACAUUUGAAGGCUCGGGACGUAGCAAGAAGCUGGCUAAAGGUCAAGCAGCACAGGCUGCACUGCAGGCCCUCUUUAACAUUCGGCUGCCCAGUCGCAUUCCCAGCAGGAGUAAAUGUAAUCAUUUGCCACAGGAAUUUGCUGAUUCCGUGCAUCGAAUAAUUACACAAAAGUUUCAAGAGGUGACGGAUAACUGUGCUGCCAUCCACAUGCAUCACAAAUCCCUGGCAGGAAUCGUAAUGACCAGAGGUUUGGACAUUCGACAGGCUCAGGUUAUUGUGCUGACAUCGGGUACCAAAUGCAUAAACGGGGAAUACCUGAAUGACCAAGGCCUUGUGGUCAACGACUGUCAUGCGGAAAUUGUGGCAAGAAGGGCCCUCAUUCACUUCCUUUACUCACAGCUGGAACUUCACCUCAGCAAGCGACGAGAAGAUGGUGAGCGAUCAAUCUUUGUACGGUUAAAAGAGGGAGGCUACAGGCUCAAGGAGAACAUUCUGUUCCAUCUUUAUGUCAGCACUUCACCCUGCGGAGAUGCACGCCUCAAUUCCCCCUACGAAAUCACUACUGACUUGAACAGCAUCAAGCACAUAGUAAGGAAAUACCGUGGGCAUCUUCGAACGAAGAUUGAAUCUGGGGAAGGAACCAUCCCGGCUCGAUGUCCCAGCACAGUCCAGACAUGGGAUGGCGUAUUACUGGGGGAGCAGCUUGUCACAAUGUCCUGCACAGACAAAAUUGCCAGGUGGAAUGUUCUCGGGUUGCAAGGUGCUCUCCUUAGCUACUUCAUCGAGCCGGUGUAUUUGCAUAGUAUUAUUGUGGGAAGCCUCUCACACACUGGUCACCUUUCACGGGUAAUGAGCCAUAGACUAGAAGAUGUUGGUCCACUGCCAGCUUCAUACCGGCGGAAUCAGCUGCUCCUAAGCGGAGUGAGCAAUGCAGAGAUACGGCCAACGGGGAAAUCACCCAGUUUCAGUGUGAAUUGGAUAGUGGGCACCUCAGACCUGGAGCUUAUUAAUGCAACAACAGGGAAAAGAAACUGUGGGAGUUCUUCGCGACUUUGCAAGCACAUGUUUUACACUCGAUGGGCAAAGCUUUAUGGGAAGCUGAGCACACGGAUACUAAGCCAUGGAGAUGUGCCAUCAGUGUACAGUGAGGCCAAGUUGGUGGCACAUACGUACCAGUCCGUCAAGCAGCAGCUGUUCAAAGCAUUUCAGAAAGCCGGCCUGGGCACUUGGGUGAAAAAACCCCCAGAGCAAGAUCAGUUCCUACUAACUGUGUGAAUCAUCCAUCACCUCUGUGACAUGACCCCAUCAAAUUGACUGGAGAGAGAAGGGCAGGUACGCAGCAGGAGCCGAGAGCGUGACGGAUGCAGUCUGAGACUUACCUCCCGGAGAAGUAUCUCUACUCAGUUUGGAAUCCUGUAAUGGAAAAUGCGUUAAGUACAAGAUGUGUUCUGAUUAAUGCACUGAACUUGACUUUAGGAAACCGCUUUUCCAUGCCCAUCCCUUCUCAAGGAUGUAUAAGCCCAGGUUACAAAAAUGACCUUCACUGUUUGUUCCUUGUUUGUAGCACAUUAUACAUUGCUGUAAUUAUUCAGGUGACAUUUGUCAUUUGGGCAACAGCAGGUCCUACUUCUGGCUAAAAACAGAAAAUGGGUGGGGAAGCCCCACUUGUAUUUCCCUUCAUUGUUGUGCAAUAAUUAUCAUUGGUGGGUGAGGCAUUUUUCUGGGUAGUAAAGACAUGCAGGCACUUUUGGAAUCAGUGUGCUUCAAAAUCUAAAAGCUCAGCUCUGUGUGUUUAAAAGGUUGCAGGCUAUAGUCCUAUGAUUACACUAGAAAGCACUUGUGGCAAAUAGGAACAUUCUGAAGUAUAAGCUGCUGCCCACAUAUCUACGAGUUUUUAGGCUCUUACUACUAAGCAGAGUAUUUUAAAAAUCAGCAAAUAAAAUGUCAGUUGUACCAAGCACUGGUAAGAUAUAGUUCCAGGAUUGAUUGUUGUACAUGGUGGCUAUCUACAGUCUCAUCCACUGUUGAGCUACCACAAUCUGAAACUUGGGAAACAAAGAACAGGGGACAGUUGUAAACCUCACCAAACAGAAGACCAAAAUAAAUCAAUAAAAGCACACAGCAUCACUGAAAGUUACAAACUUACAAAGCACCUAUUGCACAACAUAAGGCACCAGAUCCAUUGCACAAAAAUCCUAUCUUUGUCUUCUGACCUUUGGGCAUGCUCAGUAUUAAGGCCACUGGAGUGUAGUCAACUAUAACAGUAAAUGAAUAACCUAUUUGCACCAAAAAGAGACAGUGAUGGCUUCAUUCUUUCUUAGGACCCAGACAUACAGAAGACAUUUGCAGUUCUGGAAAGGAAAGAGAAAGACAGCGGGUAGAUAUUUUUAAGAGGACACAGAUUAGGUGGAUCUUAUUGCACGCAAGCAGAUUUUGAAAAUACAUAUAGUAGAAGUCCUGAACUACAGCAUACUAAAUAGUUCAAUAAUAUCCCAUUGUGUACAACCAAACACUAGAUUAAAAGGAUACUGAACAGACUUCUAUUCAGGAAGCUGCCGCUGCCGUAAGAAGACUUUCUUUCAAGUAGUAAAGCCAUUCAACAUCGCCAUUACAAUUCUCAUUUAACUAUUGAGUUUGUGCUGGUCAUUGCAAAAAUUGAAACUGCUGAAAUCUGAAGGGAGAAUAUACUCUGUAGGUCCAGAAAUCUCUACUGGGUGAGCAAUGGGCAGUGAGUAAGAAUAUAGUGAAUUAUUAGAAAACAAUCCUUUUUCUUUACUGUUUGAGUAGAUGGAAACAACUCCAACGCCUCUCCAGUACCAAGCAUGAAGCAAGGAAAUUUACCAGCCUUUUUCCUUGACUUCCAGGAGGGAAAUAAUCAACUAUUCAUUGACCUCUCAUCAGGUUUGAGUAGCACGUGAGCCAGAAUCUUGUUGGGGCACAAGCUUUUAUGAAAAGCAUGAUGCAAGACAUUACAUUUGCUCAAAGUUGGCAUAAGAGUACCCCCUGGCACAGACAUCUGUUCCACAAAAGCACACACAUAGCCUUUCCUCUCCCUUUCGACUUAGUGAUUGAGGAAGUAUUCAACUAUUGCCCAAGGCAUUCAUCGAACAAUUGGUUGUGCAACCACGGGAUCUGGUGCAACUCCACUGACAUAUAUUUACACUAUACUAAAAGCUAGAGAUCUGGGCCUUAGAACCGGCAAGAUAAAUUUAGUUACACCAGAAUGAGUGAUCUGCACAUUCUUUCUCUCUCCUGCAUGUUCCUUGCUUCCAAAAUUCAGCUUCCUAGUGAUCUCUGCUUGCCCAGAUCCCAGUUUUUUUUUUCAAGCAAAGCUGUUCUUGCCUCUAUAAAAGCGUGUAGCCAAUGCCCACUAAAAUUUAACAAACCAGACAAAGAAGGUGGGUGGAUUUCCCUGUAUCAGAGGAAGGGAUCACACAGCUGUGACCAUUGUUCCAGAUGCACAAUAAUAUAUGCAAAAUAAAUAUGCAGUGUCCUGUUAAGAACUGGAAUUGAAGCAUCCCUGUGGAUCCAUUCUUGUGGAGCACAGCUGCUUGUGAAUCACGCCUUCCUGGGAGACAUCCACAGCCUCCCAAUUCCCAUGGUAGCGCUGACUGACGGAUGAAUGUGCAGCUCUUUCUCCACGUGACUACAUCCAUGGGGCAGUUGGAGUGCACCAUCUGGAGCUCUUUUCUAACAUGUGAAACAGCCCUGGACUAUUCCCAUCGGUCAAGAAAUACAGCGUGGAGAGUUUUUGUAAUGAGCUCUUCGAUUGUUCACGCAAAUGAAAAUUGCCACUUAGGAUCCCCAAAGAGAAAAUUUAUGAAACUCUAAGCAAUUUAGAAUUAACCUCUACCCAAACUUUUGUCUAGCUUUGUUCAGAACUUUGAAAACCUCCUUGUUGGAGGGGACUACAACUCUCAGUAUCCCACCGAAUGGCAUGGCCAAUGGCUAAGGCAGUUGGGCCAUCUGUAUGUUGUAGCCUCCAAAAAGGAACUUCUUCAAGUUCUCAUUUCACUUUGUUUUUCAAAUGACAGGAUUUGCGGGUAUAGAACUACUGUUUUCUUUUUAAACUUGUAGUUUGAAUGAAAUGUGUAUAUAUUAUCAUGCUGCUCCUGAUGUGUGAUCCAUCUCGGUGUUUCUGGUUAGAGCUGUUCAACUGAGUUACUUUUCAAACACAAGCACACACACAAAGACCCUCGUCCCCUCACUACACACUCACUGCCUCUCCCAUAGAAGCUCCCUUUCUUGCCAGUAAAGUUAGACGCUCUUAUAUAAGGUUUGGAGAGCCAUAUUCAGUAAAUACAUUUGUUUAUUAAUGCCCACACAAUAGUAAUAGUUACAGUAUUUUGAUGAUUUUUUUUAUUUUUUAGAUUAAACUGCAAGAUGUAUCUAUACUAUAAUGUCUUGUACAAAAGAAAUUAUUGUGAUAAAACUAGAAUUUUUAAAUUAGAAUGAAAAGUUCCCCUUUACUGAAAUGUUUCCAAUAAACAAUACAUUCCAUUAUUAACUACCAAAAAACGUUCCUUAGACUAGAAAUAGUAAAAGA